AUGAGUGCAGAGAAGGGUAAAGUUGGAAUCAUGCUGGAGUAUGGAGCAUGGAGCGAGGAAGUUCAAACAGAGCUGAUCACAAGCAAAGGUUUCCCUUGCGAGAACCAUUAUGUACCCACAGAGGAUGGCUAUAUCCUGAACAUACUGAGAAUCCCGCAAGGAAGGAAAAAUUCGGAAAAAUCCUCAGCGUCCCGACCUGUGGUGGUUCUACAGCACGGUCUCCUGGGCAGCUGCACCAAUUUCCUGACCAACCCGGUCAACGAGAGCCUGGCAUACCUGCUGGCAGACGCCGGGGCUGACGUCUGGUUGGGUAACAGUCGCGGCAACAUCUACUCUACCAACCACACACAUCUAAGCCCCAACACAAGGGAGUUCUGGAACUUUAGCUGGGGCGAAAUGGCCAGAUUCGACCUUCCAGCCAUGAUCAACUUCAUCCGCGACAAAACUGGAGCUGACCAGGUGUAUUAUGUCGGUCACUCUCAGGGCACAACGAUGGCAUUCGCACAGUUUUCUGAAGACCAGGAGCUGGCCUCACACAUCAAGCACUUUUUCGCCUUAGCUCCCGCAGCUCGUGUUGGCCACACAUCUGUAGCGAUCGCAAAACUUGCACCAUUUGCAAAUGAAAUCAAAGCUUUCUUCGACAUGUUAGGACCCGGAGAGUUCCUGUGCCCACCACGAUUUCUGCGAUAUCUGCAAGGGGAGCUCUGUCUGAAGUGGGGGACUGAGAUUUGUGAAAACUUGUUGUUUCUUGCAGGUGGCUUUGACCCUGCAUCUCUAAAUCAAACUAGAAUACCGGUGUAUAUGGCACACAAUCCUGCUGGAACCUCAACCACGAACAUUUUGCACUGGGCUCAGAUGGUUAACUCAAAAGAAUUCCAGAAAUUUGACUACGGGUCUCCUGAAGCUAACAUGCGGCGUUAUAAUCAGCCAACACCACCCUUGUACUACCCGAGUAAUAUGAAAGUCCCGGUGGCUGUGUUCAGAGGGGGUCAUGACUUGCUGGCGAACAAGAUGGACGUCAAUUGGCUCUUGCCACAGUUGAACGUCUCCAAAGAUGUCUACGUCAAACGUUAUGAGCACUUGGACUUCAUUUGGGCGUUUGAUGCACCUUCUGUCAUAUAUAAAUAUAUUUUAGAGAUUGUGUUUUCCUUAAGACAUGUGCUGAGCGUUUGUAUUGUAAAGAGCAAACUUAAGUUGAACGAAUAACA